AUGCGUUAUAAUUUAGUUCGUGUAUGCGAAGCUUCAUUUGAAUUUAAUAAAACUGAAACAUUAUAUAAAGAAAUUUUACGUGAACAUUCAAAAUAUGUUGAUUGUGUACUUCGUUUGGGUUCUAUGGUACAUGAUCGUGCUCGUCGAAACAGUACACCAAAUGAUUCAUAUUCUCGUCAAUUAGGACAAUGGUUAAUUAAUUUAUUAAUAAAAUAUUGGAUAUUUGUAUCAUGUGGUAUGCUCUUACUUGUUAGUAUUCAAAAUACUGUUGUGAUCUAUCGAAUUAUUUAUAUGGUAUUUUAUUUAUUGUUUAUUCUUUCAUUUCAAAUUUCAUUUGGAUUUUGGCGAAAAACAGCAGCAACAUUUCAUUUAAUCAUAGUUAUUUAUUCAAUGUUAGUUUUAAUUGGAAUAUAUAUUUAUCAAUUCGAAAAAGUACAUGUAUUUUUAUCAAAAAAAUUUAGUAUACAAUUACUUGCAUCAAUUGGACUUGAAAUUGUUCCAUCAGAUGUUUUAGCACUUAAAUUACUUACAUCAAGUACAUUUCUAGUUGUUAAUAUAAUGCAAUUUGAGAAAGAUAUUCAAGGUCCAGCGAAUGGUACAUUAAAAGAUAUUCAUGCAUAUGCACAAGAAAAUACUGAUCAUGCCAAUAGUUUUCAUACUCAACAAAUCUUACAAUGUGAAGCUAAAACUUGGCAAGAAACAUUAUAUAAAUUUUAUUUUCGUACUAAUCGUCUCUAUAAACAAAUAAAUUAUGAUGGUUGGCGUUUUGCUGAAUUAUAUAUUUUUAAAUUAGUUCUACUUAUAAUGGUUCUUAUAUCUACACUUAAAGUAUGUGGAUUUAAUACAAUAUUAAUUAUUUUAGUAACAAUUGGUUUAACAUUCUUUCAUCUUCGAAAAUUAAUAAAUUUAUUAACAUUAAAUACUACGGGUCUUUAUAUUCUUUUAUCAAUGUGUUAUCAAUUCGAAAUAGGCAAACAACAUAUAAUUGAAAAAAAGUUUUUUAUUAAAAAUUCUUCUCAUAUUGAUUCAAAUAUGAGUUUAAUACCAAAUGAUACGGUUAAAUGGUUUGGUCUUGAAUCAACACCAAAUAUUGAUCGAUUUAUUGGUCUUUAUAUAUUAUUAACAAUCUGUUUAACAUUUGAUGCAAUAGUACGAUAUCGACAAAAACAUCAUCGUUUAUUAUUAUCAGUUCGUUUUAAUGUUCAUCUUGUUGAAAAUCGUUUUCCAAUUUUAUUUCAACCAUUUGCAUUAAAAACUAUAAAUGAUGAUAAUACAUAUGAAUUUGAUAUCGUUAAUUAUCAACAAGCUGAUCAAGGAAUUUAUGAUUUUUUGAAAUAUUUAGCAAAUUUUAUUUUUUAUAGAUUUGGUUUAGAGAUAUGUUAUAUAACAACAGUUAUUGUUGUUGGUAUUCGUCUAGAUAUGAUAGCUGUACUUUAUUCUAUGUGGUUGGGAUUAUUUUUAAUAUCUAGUAGAUGUAUUAUUCAACGAAUGUGGUCAAUUUAUAUUUUGUUUUUAAUUAUUUCUUUUAUUAUUCAAUAUAUGAGUGCCGUUGGAGCACCACCAUUUCUUUGCAUCAUCUCGAAAGAACUUAAUUCAAGAGAAAAUAAUGAAUCAAUCGAUGCUACACAACACGAAAACCAAAGCGGUAUUAAAUCAUCGCUAUUUCGACCAUUACGAAAGCUUUAUAUUCAUUUGAGUAAUUCUCUAUUUCGUAAAAUGUUAUGGAAUAUUCUAUUAUUGGCAUUGUCGUGGAGUCUCGGUCAAGGUAUUUUUUUCAUUCAAAUAAGUAUAACUACUCUAGCAGCUACAAGUUUUACCAACUGGUAUCUGGCAACAAUUCCUAUUGGUUCUAUGCUCUUUGUUGCCACUGUUUGGUCUGUAUUUUUACCACGAGUCAUUCUUCAUUGUGGUUAUCGACCUCCAUUCUAUUUCGGUGCUCUGAUGGGUAUGAUUGGAGCUGGACUUUGUAUUGUAGCAACAUGGUUUAAACUCUAUUGGUUACUAAUAGUGAGUGCUACAUUUAUUGGUGGACAAGUACCAUGUACAUUCUACUAUCGUCUGGCUGGAUUACAAUUUUCAACACAAGAAUUUGCUUCAAAAGCCAUUGCGAUGGUCACUGCUGGCGGUUGCCUUUCUGCUUUUAUUGGACCAGAAAUAGCCAAACUUAUGAUCAAUGCACUUCCAAAGCAAUACAGUGGUGCUUAUUUAGCAGCAUUGUGCGAAUGUGCGGUACUGUUAUUCAUCAUAAGAAUAAUCCAAUUUCCAGAUGUUAAAAGAACACACAAUUCAAUAGAAUCGAUUUCAUUACCUACAAGCAUGGACACAAAUCUUAGUUCAAAUGGUCGUUCAAUCCUUACAAUAGUUCGUCAACGAACAUUUGUGAUUGCUGCUUUUGGAGGUUUUGUUUCAUGGUCAGCGAUGGGUAUUCAAAUGUCAUCUGCAGCGCUGGCAAUGAUUGGUUCUGGACAUACUUUUACUCAAGUGAUAACAGCUGUUGAGUAUCAUAUAUUGGGAAUGUUUUUACCGUCAUUUUUUACUGGAACUCUAUGUAACUGGUUUGGAAGCCGACUGGUUAUGCUCACUGGACUUUUGAUCCAAUUUGUGGGUACUUUUCUGUUUCAAUGUGGUUUUGAAAUUAUCUAUUUUGAUAUGGGUUUGAUUAUUGUUGGCAUUGGAUGGAAUUUAGGUUAUGUUGGAUCAUCAGUUCUAUUCACAAAAUCAUACUGUCCAGAAGAAAAAAUGAAAGCUCAUUCGUUGUAUGAAGCCAUAUUGAUGUUUAGCAUAUCAAUAUCAUUUUUUUCAUCGGCAUUUGCAGAACAAUUUUUAGGAUGGAAGACUUUAACUGGAAUGUUAAUUCGCAUCUACAUGGCUGCAGCUGUGCUCAUAGUGGCUGUAGAUACGGCAUUUGUAUUUUAUAAGACUAAAAAUAUACGAAUAGAAAUAACAUGUAAUGACAAACAAGUAAAAACUCAAGAACUAAAUAUACAAGUUUGUUCAGAGUUACAUGUUAGAUAA